CCAUUCUCGUCCCCUCCCCACCCUUCUCUCCGUCGCCGUAGAACGUAGAUCCACCGCUCCGCCGCCGCUGCCGACGACGACGACGAUGGGCUGCCUGCUGGCGCUCACCGACGACCUCCUCGCGGACAUCCUCAUCCGCUUGCCGUCGCCGGCGGACCUCGCGCGCGCCUCCGCCUCCUGCGCCUCGCUCCGCCGCGUCGUCACCUCCCCGCGGUUCCUCCGCCGGGUCCGCUCCCUCCACGCCCCGCCCCCGCUCGGCGUCUUCGUCCCCGACGCCGCCGCCGGGUUCUUCCCCGCCCUCCCGCCCAACCCCGCGGCCCGCCCCGCCCGCGCGCUCGCCCUCGCCGCCGACUUCUCCUUCGCCUUCCUCCCGGCCCCCGCGCGCGCCUGGCUCGUCCGCGACCACCGCGACGGCCGCUUCCUCCUCGACCGCGCCGCGCCGGCCGGCUCCACGGCCUUCACCGAGGUCGCCGUCUGCGACCCGCUCUCCCGGCGCUGCCUCCUGCUCCCGCCCAUCCCCGACGCCCUCGCCGCCUCCGUGGACAACCCCUACCUCCAGCGCGGCGGCGACGACGGGGGGCUCCAGUCGCGCAGCAACGAGAUCUUCCUGGCCUCCCGCGGCAACGACGACCGCGGCGAGGAGCUGCCGCUCGCCGUCAUCUGGAUGGCCUGCUGCCGAGGGAAGCUGGUCGCGUUCUACUUCUGCUCUGGAUCUCGGGAAUGGAGCGCGCUUUCGCCGCCGGUGCACCACGCGCUGAGCAUGCGGAGGGUCAUGGGCGUCCGACUGGGGCAACGCAACCAUGCCCAUGGGUGCUUCUACUGGAUGAUAACUCUCACCCGGAGGUGGCUCGUGCUGGACGCCCGCAAAAUGGAGUUCUCCAUCCUCGACAUUUCUCCUGUCCUGGCAGGCCGCUCGAUGAUGUUCAGUAAUCAGAUCACCACUCUGGAGUCAGGGGAAGGCAGGACAACCGUUGUGGUUUCGGAUCUUUUUAGGGCGGAUAAAAGAUGUGUCCUCUACUUUUAUUCGUUCAUGCAUUUCAGUGACCGGUGGCAGCUGCAGAACAAGAUCACCUUGCCCGAGGAAUGGGGAGACCGGUUUCGAGGCAUCAUAGGUGCAUUUGAGGGCUGCUUAUACAUAAAACUAGAUCAUCCAAAGCAGAAUUUGGGAGAUCCUGUUGAGCAAAAUGUCACAUACUUUUGGUUCGAUCUCAAGACUAUGCAGGUUGGUAGGUUCACUGAGAUAAGUUCUGCUACUGUGAACGAAGCCUACCUUUACAUGGGGUUUCCCCCAUCACUGUCACUUCCUAGUGUUUGAUGCGAUGGACGACCGAUUUCUGGAUUGGCUGGUUCAUUGGAGCUGGAAAAGGGUGCAUGAGUAAUGUGUCACUCUUUACAGCUUCACUGUCUUUACUAGCAUUUUUGUAUCGGUACAACUGUUAUGGGGGAAUUGUUGCAGCCCUGGAAGUGGGGAAUAGAAGAGGAUUCACUUGGAUUCAUUUUUGACGAACACCAAUUCAAGAGGAUUUGGAUGGAUCAUUUAAUGUUUCAUUGUUCCCAUACAGUCGUACCAGCAGUUAUGUGUCACAGCUAGGGUCUGAUCGAGCCCAGUCGAGUGUUGAUGCAUGCAAAUUUCAGCUGUAUGCAUUAGUUCCUAGUUGGAGUUUUGCCUUCAACCAUUAGAUUUCCUGAGGUUCAAUGUUGUAUGUACUAUGUAGUGCUUUUGUUAGAUUGAGGUGUCGUAUUUAUUUCCAUAUACACUUUAGAAAAAUUCUACUUUGCAAGGUGUAGUACUGUAUUCCAUAUACAUUUACCUGAAAUGCCAGUGGUACUAAUAGUAUUUGUACUAAGGCCAUCUAUAUUCUAGGUGAGGAAUGGACAGUCAGUGAGGCUAAUGAGUCAUGGGCUCGAAAACCAUGCAUAAUGGUGCUUCUACUAGAUUGUUCCUCUCAUGUGGAAGUGUACUGUAAUAGAUAUGCAAACAAUGGGGUUCACCAUCUUGACAAUCUUGUUAUCAUGUCAGACUAUAUAGCUGCAUUCAAUUAAUCAGAUAAUUUCACAGAAGCCAGGACAAAGUCGUUACCAAUAUUGUCUACGAUUUCUUUCUGCUGGAUGAAGCAUGUCUAAUUUUUCUGUAUGUUCAUGCAUAAGUCUGCCAAGUGGCAUUUGCUGAACGUGAUCACCUUGUGAAUUGUGGCUUCAGUUUAUGGACAUCACAAGGUGCAUGCAUAUCCCAAGGAAUUCAGCAUAUGAGAGUGGAACAUCCGGCUGAAUAUUUCUUGCUUUAUGUUUGUCAGAAUUGCAUUUCUACAACUGUUUCCCCAUCAUUGCCGGUUUUGUCACUCUCAGUAUAUGAUGUGACGUGGAUUGACAUCACUGAGUGGGGACAUGACAACCGCUAACCAUUCAUUAACGAUGGCAGAAGCAACAUAGAGGAUAGUGACUAUCGUUGGCACAGGAGACCUACUGGAAGAACAAGAGCUGUAGUAUAUCAUGGAAACCCUUUGCUUCUAUCCUAUGGCCCUACCCCAGUAUGAAUCAUCCAGCCAUGAACUACUCUAUUCACUGGCUUCCUGGUAGUAACAAUGCUUGUGUUGAACGUGAACCAUGAAGCAAAGCAACCUGAUCAUCUGGCAGUUGCUGUUUGGUUUGAGUUCUCUCUAGUAAGGUGGUGGCUCUUGCGCUGGGUAAGUGUAGACUUGAGAAGAGGACCGGUGGUUAGGGAUUGAUGCUGCUGAAUGUUGUUGUAUCUGAAGCUUUGUGGAUGUGUUGAAUGGACUUCAGGUAAAAAUGUUUCCUACCAUGGAGAGAAUGGACAAUAAGCCACAUAUUAUCCAUUUGGUGAUUGGAUUGGAAAUCCUCAAACCCGGGCUGUCAAUAUUUGUGUCAUUUGAAAAAUUACCUGUCUUCAUGCCACAUUCAAGUACGUCCUGGUCAAUCUUGAGGCCCAUCUUAUUGGUCUCAGUUGAGUGACUGGAAACUAUUCUUGACUGAAAACCAGGCACCAGCCUGUGGUUUUUUUUUUGAAAAAUAAGGCCCCGCCCCGGCUCCACAUUUUAUAUAUGAAACCAAACAAACCACAGACUACCAGCCUGUGGUAAGCCGGUUCAUUCUACUAUAAAGAUUAUGGGAAAUGUUAUUGUGCAGACGUUCCCUAGUAGGGCAUGGCAAAACAAACCUUUUUUUAUGGCAAUUUAUGUUGUCAUGAGGAUGACAAAUUCCUUCAGGAAGCACGGCAAAUUCUGACAAAAAACUGAACCGGGUGGAUUUGCCAUGCUUGCUAAAGAAAUUUGCCAGCCGCAGACAACACAAAUUGCCAUGAAAAUCAUUCGCAUUGCCAUGCCUCACAGCGAACGUUUGCUGGUUCUAGCGGUCCAAGUUUAUUACUUAUGGAGUUUGUCAUUGCUAUUAAAGCAUGGACAUGCUCGAGUAGCCAUACCUGACUUUAUUUCUUAUAUCAUGUUUAGGUGCUCCAGUUGAUUUUCUUUGUGCUUGAGGUGCAUUACUCUACUGUCUCCACUCGUAGUUUCUGUAUUUUUUUUCUUCAUGCACGUCUAAAGUUUUUCUUCGUCGCUUCUCCCUAACCUCUGGUUCUUCUUAUGUAACAGGGUUUUGGAUCUGGUACGAACUAAGAAAUACUGAUGCGGAACAUCCAUUCUACAUGAUCAGCUUGUGAUCUGGUAUGAACUAAGAACCACUCGUGCUGGAGUAUACAUUCUACAUGGUCUGCUUGUGAUUAAGAGCAGUUGAUGAUACCAAAGAGUGCCCUUAGCACCGGUGUCAUCUCUGCACGAGGCCAGUACAAAGCCUCCAAAGGUACAGCCAUGGGCAUGGUCAGCCCUGACCCUUCAGCCAUGUCAACCUCCUCGUCGCCGACCCUCCUCCACUCGAAGCACUGCACCAGCGUGCCCAGCGCGAGCCCGACCAUCUUCACGCCGAGCGCCUCCCCUGGGCACCCUCUCCGCCCCAUUCCGAAUGGCAGCAUCCACUUUCCCUCGCCCCUCCCGCCUUCAAACCUCUCUGGCGAGAACCUUGCCGGCUCCUCCCACACACGCGCAUCCCUGUGCAUCGUGUGGAUGUUGACAAGGAGCAUGGUUCCCGCUGGGAUGUCGUAGCCUGCGAUGGAGCAGGCGGCGGAGGACUCGUGUGGGGCGAGGAGCGGGGCGAUUGGGUGCAGCCGGAGGGUCUCCGUGAUGAUGCACUGGAGGUAGGGCAGGCUGGGAAGGUCGGCUUCCUCCAGGAGGCGCCCCGUGCCGACGACCUCGUCGAGCUCCACCCUUGCCUUCGCCAUGGCGUUUGGGUGGUUCAGAAGCUCCGCCAUGCCCCAUUCGAUGGUGCUCGACGAGGUGUCCGUGCCGGUUUGAAGGAUGCUCUGUUGCAGCAAAGAUUGACAUGGUGAGCUGCUGGUGUCUAUGUGCAGUGUGUUGAGGAUGAUGAAGAUCAUGUGUAACGGCACAAUGUGAUUUAUUAAUGUGCUCUGAGCAAUCAAUAGAAGUCCUGGGAAAUUGCUAGAAGCUGGUGAAACAGUUAGUUAUACAUUAUCAUAAAUAAAUUGUAGACAUAUGAUGCUCA